UUCACCCGGAGGCCCCGCUGUGUCCUUCUCAGCGUCCGUAGCGCCAAGAUCUGCCUCGGUCGCGGGAAUCUCAGGGAGGACACCGGGCCACCCCAGGAAACAGGAGAUGGAUCCACUGGUCUUUGAAGAUGUGGCUGUGAACUUCACUCUGGAGGAGUGGGCUUUGCUGGAUCCUUCCCAAAAGAAUCUUUACCGAGAUGUGAUGGAAGAAACCUUCAGGAAUCUGGCUUCUAUAGGAGAAAAAUGGGAAGAUGAGAACAUUGAAGAUCAAUACAGAAAUCCCAGGAGAAAUCAAAGGGGUCAUAUUCUAGAAAGACUCUAUGAAAGUAAAGAAGGUAGUCAAUGUGGAGAAACCUUCAGCCAAAUUCCAGAUCACAUGCUGAACAAGAAGACUCCUCCUAUAGUAAAACCAUUUGGAAGCAGUGUGUGUGGAGAAGUUGGCAUGAGUCAUUCAUCCCUUAAUAGGCACAUCAGAGCUGACAGUGGGACCAAACCAAAUGAGUAUCAGGAAUAUGGAAAGAAGCCAUAUAAACGUAAGCAACGUGAAAGAGCCCUCAAUUAUCACCACUCCUUUCCAGUACGUGAAAGGACUCAGUCUGGAGGGAAACCCUAUGAUUGUAAGGAAUGUGGAGAAACCUUCAUUUCCCUUGUAAGCAUCAGAAGACACAUGAUUACACACAAUGGAGGUGUACCUUAUAAAUGUAAGGUGUGUGGGAAAGCCUUUGACUAUCCCAGUUUAUUUCGGAUACAUGAAAGAAGUCACACUGGAGAGAAACCCUAUGAAUGCAAGCAAUGUGGUAAAGCCUUCAGUUGUUCCAGUUACAUCCGAAUACAUGAAAGGACUCAUACUGGAGAUAAACCCUAUGAAUGCAAGCAAUGUGGAAAGGCCUUCAGUUGUUCCAAGUACAUUCGAAUACAUGAAAGGACUCACACUGGAGAGAAACCUUACGAAUGUAAACAUUGUGGUAAAGCCUUUAGAUGUGCCAGUUCUGUUCGAAGCCAUGAAAGGACUCACACAGGAGAGAAACUUUUUGAAUGUAAGGAAUGUGGGAAGGCCUUGACUUGUCUUGCAAGUGUUCGAAGACACAUGAUAAAGCACACUGGCAAUGGACCUUAUAAGUGUAAGGUAUGUGGCAAAGCCUUUGAUUUUCCUAGUUCAUUUCGAAUACAUGAAAGAACGCACACUGGAGAGAAACCCUAUGAAUGUAAGGAAUGUGGAAAAGCCUUCAGUUGUUCCAGUUCCUUUCGGAAACAUGAACGAAUUCACACAGGAGAGAAACCCUAUAAAUGUACAAAAUGUGGGAAAGCCUUUAGUCGGUCCAGUUACUUUCGAAUACAUGAAAGAACUCAUACUGGAGAGAAACCCUAUGAGUGUAAGCAAUGUGGGAAAGCCUUCAGUCGAUCCACUUACUUUCGAAUACAUGAAAGAACUCAUACUGCAGAAAAACCCUUUGAGAACCCUAAUCCUAGCCCUUCAGUUGUCUCAGUUCCUUUUAUAAGCAUGAAUGGAGUCACACUGAGAGAAACUCUAUGAAAGUAAGAAAUUUAGAAAAGUCUUCUGUCCUCUCAGUUUCUUUUGAAUGCAUGAAAAUAUUCACAGCAUAGAAAGACCCUAUGAGAUAAUUGGCUUUGAAUUAAGAGAGACUUGUGAUAGAAUAGUAAACUCUAGAGUGAGAGUUGGAUCUUUGGAUUGUCUUAUGUCUGUGUUGGUAGUGUUAGGAACUAGAUUUCCCAUAGUCUAUUGCAUUUGUGAUUCCUUGGUACAGUUCACCAGUAACUAUCUUCCAUGAGAUUUGAAAGGCAGAAGUGAAGAAAGCAUUAGUCACAGUUUGGAGACACCAUCCAGGGAGACAGCCAGAU